UAUUUGGCCUUCACUUAGAGUGCAUUAGGUCACCAGUUACAAAUAUAGUUAAAAUCCUCGUAAACAUGAUGUAUGAAACUUACAGGACACUUUUUGCAGUUUCGCUUCUGUUUUUGCCGUAUCUAUUUUUCAGAUAUUUUUUGUUAUGUUUAUUCGCAUAUGUUAUAUAUAAGAUAGUCCGAUAUAUUUAUAUACGGAAUUACGAAAGGAGAGUUUCGCCGAAAGGAAGGGGAGUUUUUAUAACCGGAUGCGACUCAGGUCUAGGGUUCUUAUUCGCUAAACAUUUUGAUGAACUUGGGUUUACGGUGUUUGCUGGGUGUCUUCAUAAGCAAGGCGAGGGAGCUGAUGCCCUAAGCAAGCAAUCAUCGGGCAAAAUACAUGUUGUUCAAAUUGAUGUUACAGAUGAUCAGAGUAUAGAAGAUGCUUUUCAAUACGUAUCUAAACAUGUGCCAAGUAACGGUCUUUUUGGUGUCAUCAACAACGCCGGGAUGAACAUGUACGGUGAGGUUGAAUUAACACCGUUAUCUAUUUAUGAGAAGGGUUUCAAUGUAAACUUAUAUGGAGGUAUUCGAGUGUUAAAGAAGUUUCUUCCGCAAAUCAGACAAUCAAAGGGCAGGAUUAUCAAUGUGACCAGCGUUCACGGGCUAUUGAGCAGACCUUGUCAAUCCAAUUAUGAAACGGCGAAGCACGACUUUGAGACCCUCUCUGACUCUCUGAGACUGGAGAUGAAAAAGUUUGGAGUUAAAGUGAUUGUAAUAGAGCCAGGAAUGUACGGAACAUGUACGUCUGUCCAGUCAAAAGCAAUGACACAAAGAAAUAUAAAUGAGAUUGAUGAGAUGUGGAAUGACACACCAGAACAUGUCAAGAAAGAUUACACAAAAGAAUAUAUGUUAUCAUGGUUACCAAAGCCGAUGGCUGAAUGGCCGCCACCGAAGCACCUUGCGACUCCUGUUGUUAUGGUAGCUGAGCAUGCGCUAUGCAGUGAAUUCCCAGAAACAAGAUACCUGGUGGAUGGAUAUGGAAACAGGCUUUCAUUUAUAGAUGAAUUUGCGGUACAAGCUCGACUAUUCAAUAAAGUACCUACAUGGGUAGCUGACUUGUGGAUGAUUCAUGAUCACAUGAAAAAUUAAUAACUGAAAGAGAUGACUGCAAUCAAAGAGUGUACAACAUAAUAGCCACAAGUCACUUCAAAAUGAUGUCACUGGUGUUCGAGUAGCGGACAAAAAUAUUAGUUGAUGUUAUAUAAUGCAAACAUAUUUUAGAAUAAAGAAUAUUCAUAAUUUAUUCUUCUUUUUGUAAUUGCAAAAGUUGUGACCCUGCGAAAAUGAUAAACUAUUAAAAAAUUGUCAUUUCUCAAUAUAUAACGUUUUAAUUAGAAUAAAGACCUCAGUUGUGGAAAGAAAUUUGUUAAAUUUCACGAAAGCUUGCCUGAGCACCAGACAUUCUCCCCUUUAUAAC